CUUCACCCUCGCUGCUAAUCUAAUCAGUGCCGUACCUUGACAUCGUUUGAACGGAUUCCCAGGUUCGGUUUAGUGCGCUGCGUAUUGUUCGUUCCCAUGGAGGCGCUGUUCAGUCCAUGGAGGCAGCCAGAGUCGUCCCCAGCCUGUUCAGUAAUAUGCCUACAAGUAUAUGCGUAAGCCUGCACUGCACCAGGAAAAAUGCAUGGGGGGCCAUCUUCAUCAACCGGCCAGACCAAGCCUCGCGCAGCCAGUCAGCGAUGAAUCAGACCGCCUUGCGGGGGAGGAGAUUGCAAGGGGAUGAGUCAUCUGCCUUCUGUGCUUUGAAGGUUGAAAUGUCAGAAACGGCGCAAUGUUUAGUUCCAGCGAACAGGCAUACGGUUCUUGUACAUACAGUAUUACUCUGGGCUGUGUAUGUAGUGGCCUCAGUAAGUAAAUAAGGCGCAUUUAUGCAGUUAAGCAC